AUGAAAAAGUUUAAAGAGAGUUGUGAGGAUGAGAAGAUUCAAAGUAAGAGCCUUUUGACUCUAGAUGUCUCUACUAGGUGGAACUCUACUUAUUUAAUGUUGGAGAGUGCUCAAAAAUUUGAGGUAGCUUUUAAGAGGUUUGAGGACAAAGACCCUUACUUUCGCACUGAUCUUGAACAAGGGGAGGGGGUGCCUGAUGCUGCUGAUUGGAGGAAUGUUAGAAGGAUGGUGAUGUUUUUAAGUUAUUUUUAUGAGAUGACCUUGCGUGCGUCUGGUGCUUUUUAUGUUACAUCCAAUAGCUUGUUUUAUGAGAUUUACAUGAUAUAUCGCCUUUUGGAUGAAUGGACAAAGUGUGAUGAUUUUGAGCUAUUAUCAAUGGCUUUUAAAAUGAAAGAAAAAUAUGACAAGUAUUGGGGAGAUCUUUUAAAGAUGAACCAACUCAUUUAUAUUGCUGCUGUUCUAUAUCCUCGAUAUAAGUUGGAAUGGGUUCAAUUUGCUCUUUAUAAAAUGUUUAAUGAUGAAGGUGAAAAUUUGGCAACGCAAGUGAUGGAUGUUUUCAUUGCUUUAUAUCAUGAAUACAAAGAACAUGUCUCUCCCUCUAAGCAAUCUGAAAAGGAGCAGCUUAUAGAUGAAAUCCAAGCUGAUUUUGGUGAUGAGGAUGACCCUGCUAUGAAGGUUAGAAAGUUGCUUGAAUCAGAAAAGAGAAAAUUUUUAAGUGACCGUCUUGGUGGAAAAAAUAAUAAGACUGAAGUUGAUAAAUAUUUGAAUGAGGAAAUUGAAAUAGAUAGACCUAACUUUGAUAUCUUGGGUUGGUGGAAAUUGAAUGGUCCUAGAUUUCCCAUUCUUUCAAGGUUGGCAAGUGAUGUUUUGACAAUACCAAUAUCCACAGUUGCUUCAGAAUCUACAUUCAGCACUGGAGGAAAUGUUUUGGAUGCAUUUAGGAGUUCUUUAACUCCUAAAAUUGUGCAAGCCCUUAUUUGUGCUGAAGAUUGGCUUCGUCACUCCAUUCCUGUGGUUGUGGAAGAGAAAUUAGAUGAUAUUCAAAGGAUUGAAAUGCCUGGUGGACUGUUGGUUCUUGUUGCUGUUUUCUUCUAG